UUACAGCAUGAGCUCCGUAGAUGCUCGUUUUGGGGGGCCCUUCCUGGGGCCGGCUCAAGCAGGACUCAAGUUCGACUCAGGUUCGUUUUCGUAGCCAUUUUGGCUCAAGCCGCCGCGGCCCACCGCCAGUUCGCAGUCAUGUGUCCGAUGCCGUACUUUACAUACAGUUAGACUCGGGCAUGGCGAGCCCGCGGCGCCUGCGCAGUGCCGCCUGGGCUGCCGUGGUGUCGCCCUGGUGGUCGCCUCUGCUGGUGGCAGAAGCCGUCUCCCUCUCACUGCGAGGCCCCGCGCGCCACCAGCGCGAGUCGGCCGCGGAGGGGAGCGUCGGCGGCCUCCUGCCGACGCGCUGGAGUGCGGCAGGCGGCGCCGCGUGGCCGGAGCACCCGCGCCCUGCGAUGGUGCGGCAGGGGUGGCGCAGCCUGAACGGCGACUGGCAGUACAGGGUCACCGCGGACAGCUUGGAGUGGAGUGCUCGCGGCGGGCUUCUCGCAGAGUGGUCUCACGCAGACAAGAAUCGAAUACGAAGGCAAGGCAUCAUCUCGGUCCCGUUUAGUAUCGAGUCAAACUUGAGCGGCGUCGGCCACAAGCUGGGAGGAGACGAGGUGAUGUUCUAUCAACGAGUGGUAGACCUCUCUCGUGAGCCGUCGCAGCGGUAUCUGCUGCACUUUGAAUCUGUUGACUACGAGUGCGUCGUUUCGGUCAACAGGAAGCAUGUUGGCUUUCACAAGGGUGGCAAUACGCCUUUCGAGUUCGAUGUAACCUCGCAACUACAAGACGGUCCGAACGAGAUCGUCGUUGGCGUCAGGGACACGAUGUCCCCCUACACGCUCAUGGGGAAACAAUCUUCACGGGGGGGGAAGAUUUGGUACAGCGCCUCGUCAGGCAUCAGGGGCACAGUGUGGCUGGAGACUGUCCCCGACACAUUCAUCAAAGAUAUCAAAAUCACCACAACAUCCAGCCCCGCAGUCAUCCAGGUGGACGUGGAUGUCGACGGCAGUCGACCAGUAGACGUGCGUGUGAGUGUCAUGGACGGCGGACCCAACGCAGUGGCUACAGCCCACUGCGCCAAGGGCGAGCCGUGCAUAGCGCCCGUGCCCGCGGCCAAGCUGUGGAGUCCAGCGUCGCCUUUCCUCUACGACCUAUCGGUGGAACUGGUGGCCGAGGGCAGCCGGGUGGACGUGGUACAGUCUUAUGUUGGCAUCCGAACGGUCGGGAAGAAGCGCGAUCCCAGCGGGAAUUACAGGUUCACCUUGAACGACGAGUUCGUCUUCCAUUACGGUGUCUUGGAUCAGGGUUGGUGGCCUGAUGGUGGACUGACCCCGCCAUCAGAUGCUGCGAUGCGAUUCGACAUUGAUUUCGUCAAGGCGAGUGGCUUCAACGUCAUCCGUAAGCAUAUGAAGGUUGAGCCUCGGCGCUACUAUGCCUAUUGCGACCGCGUGGGCGUGAUGGUAUGGCAGGACCAGCCUGCAGCCGCGGGCUGCGAGGCUGGUCACACUCCCUGCAACGACCUGGCGCGGAAAGUGAGCCCUGGCAAUUGGCCAAAGUGGAUAGAGAGGGUCAAGAAUUUCACCGUCCAGCCAGAGGCGCAGUGGCCAGAAGAGGCUCAUCAUCAGUACCUCGCAGAGCUCGCGGAGAUGAUUCGCGCGCUGCGGAACAAUCCGUCCAUCGUUGUUUGGGUGCCCUUCAAUGAGGCAUGGGGCCAACACAGAACGACAGAAGUGAGCGAAACAAUCAAGCGCAUCGAUCCUUCACGGCUGGUGAACGUAGCGAGCGGUGGAAAUUUUUGGCCUGCUGGCGACAUCGCGGACAGGCACAAUUACCCAAAUCCAACGUUCGAGACCGGUGACACGCGGUUCCGUGAUUAUGUAAAGGUGGUAGGGGAGUUCGGCGGCCACACGUUGCCAGUGGAUGGGCACAUUUGGGAGAAGUCCCACAAAGGCACCUUCGGUUAUAGCAACAAUGAGGACGUGCAAGGCCUCCUUCAAUCGUACAACAGUACUUUCCAGAAAUUGAGGCGGUUGGUGAAGAAUGGUGUUGCGGGAGCCAUCUACACACAGACGACUGAUGUGGAACAUGAGCUCAAUGGAUUGCUGACAUAUGAUCGCGAGGUGGCAAAAAUAAGUGCCGAGCAGCUGCACGAGAUUCACGACGGCGGAGGCGUGUUCCGCAUGGCAGCGGACGCAACUCGGUGACGCAGGCAGAGGAUGAUUCGCGCGUCUCCCCGAUGCCGCCCCCAAAAAGGCUCCAGUGGGCGCAUGCUAUGAGCGGCCAGCAUGUCACGCAUUUUGCCACCCCCCCCAGG